AUGCGAAUCUUACAUUGGCCGAACUUGAACAUCAACGAAGGUGAAUACGACAUUGGUUUGAUAGUGGCAUUCGGUCAUUUAAUUAAGGCCGAUAUACUCAAAAAGUUCCCUCUGGGUAUGGUGAAUGUACAUCCUAGUCUGUUACCUCGCUGGCGUGGUGCUGCACCAAUUAUUUACACUCUAAUGCAUGGUGACACAGUAGGAGGUGUAUCACUUAUGAAAAUUAAGCCAGACAUAUUUGAUGUUGGUGAAAUAAUAAGUCAACAAAGAGUUCCAAUAUCUGAUACUAUAAAGUUGCCAGAACUGACAAGACAAUUUUCUGACAUUGGUGCUGAAAUGUUGGUGGACUGCUUGAAGAACUUACCCGGAAGUCUUGAGAAUGCUCAGCCUCAAAGCAAUGAAGGUGUCACCUAUGGUAAUGAGCUUUUAAAUUAA